ACGUAAUGACGUCAAGAUUUGACGCGCUGCUUGAAAGUGUCGCUGGCGCUAACAAACUAGCGCUAAUGUUCCCUCCUAAGCCAAGAACUUACCUGAAUACCUUUUUUUAUUUACUCUGUAACCAAUGCCGGGGUUAAACGAACACAAACAAAGACAGGCACACCGUGAACAACAAAGGAAAUGUAUCACCCAUAGAGCCAUUAUGAUCCUGCAGGUUAAACUAAAUGAAGAUUAGAUGCAGAAGGAUGUCCCCUCUAACUAAAGGACUAGAUGGAGAAAAAGCUGCAUUCGUUGGAGAAGAUUGAGGAUGUCAAAAGGUCAGCAUACCAGAAAGUACAACAGGCAAGAGACGAUGUGUCACCUCUGCACAGAGAAGUGGAAUUACCGGAGAAUAUUAAGGGAAAUGUGGAGCAGUUUGAGCAUUACUGGAGCUGGAAUAAAACUAUGAAGCAUCAGGAAGCACCAGAGUCUGCAAAUCAUGUAUGUAAAAAUGUCAACGAAGACACAGACAAGCAAGGACGGAGUGGAACAGAACAACAGAGGAAUAAGGAGUACGGAUUAGAGAAGCAAGAAAGGAUGGAGGAUGUCAUUACUAGUCUCGGCCAGGAGAUGGCGAUGCUGACUGACAAACUGACCUCAUCAAAACACAGUGGAGUGAAUUUAUGCGCCAAGUUGGAUCCUCUGAGAAAUCUGGCUGAGAGACAAACUUUGCUGGACCAAUAUAGGAUCAGUGAACUGGAGUCAACCAUUUCCAGCUAUAUCAAUAAGGUUGAGUAUCUGGAGAAGAGAAUCCUUGAGAUUCAGAAUCAACUGUUUUCCACCCAAAAAGACAGAGACCAAUCGCUGCAGCGAGCAAAAGAGCUGGAGUCGCAACUUCAACAACUUCAAUGUUUAUGUGAGAAGCAGAAGCUGGAGCUCAGUGAAGGUACAGAGGUUCUUAGACGUCAGCUGGGUUUGGCCAGGAUGCAGCUUUGCAAGGCGGCAGAGGACAAAUCCUGCCUUCAGGCUCUUACAGAGCAAAGUUCAAAAGAGUGCCAGGAUCUACAAACUGAGCAGGAAGCUCUGAGGCUGAAGCUGACUGACAGAGACAAUGUGAUGGACAUUCUGAGGCUGCAGAUCGAGAACAGCAGCAAAACGAUAACCAACCUACAGCAGGAGAACACCUUCCUCAUCAACCAGCAUAAACAGGAGCUGCAGCAGCUCAAUGCUGAAUUAGACAGACACACGUCUGACUUGGCGUGUGUGGAGCGUGAGAAGCAGCAGCUGCAGGCCUCUCUGAGUGAGCAGAACCGGCGUAUUGAGGAGGAGACGCUGGAGAAACGGCAAGUUCUCACACAGCUGGAGCUGCAGAGCUUCCAGCUGUUCAGUCUCACCGAAGAGCACAAGGAGCUGCAGCGGCUCCACAGCUGCAGAGCAGACGAGCACGAGGGUGUGGUGCUGAAGCUUCAGAGUCAGCUAAGAAGCGCCCAGGAUGAACUCGAAAAGGUCAGACGCAGCCUGAGGACCCUCCGAGCCGCCGAUGAACACGGCCUCCAGGCGGCCUUGGACAUGCAGAAGGAGAUCACCACCAAAAGAGGGGAGAUUGACUCCCUGCAGAGCAGAAUCCAACAAUUGGAGGAGCAGGUGGAGAAACUUCAACAGGAAAAGCGCCGCCAGAACCUGGAGACUCAUCGUCAGCUUCAGGAACUCGCCUUCGUGAGGGAGGAAAAGAGACACAUUUCCAGUGAACUGAAGGCCCUUCGCUCCAAAGACCAUCAGUUAAUGGAGCGUAUCACUGAGCUGGAGGCAAUCCUUCACAAGAUGUGGAAAAGCUUGGCCAACUGUCAGGACAUCCUCCAGCUGAAGGAGCAGGAGUAUUUUCGCCUGAAACUCCAACAUACUCUUAACCUGAAGGAACUCCCGUGCCAGAAUCUGUGCGCAGCACCGUCUGUAUCUCCACCUGACCUGAACUCCACGGCCCCAUCCACACCGGCCUCCCCACCCUCCUCCCAGCACCCCUACACCUCCCAGAUGAAGGACGGCUCUGCCUGCGAGCUCAGAUCUAUCAUCCAAGAGAUGCAAGCAGCGAUUUCAGACAACCACAGACCACACACGUCUAAGAACGCUGUCAGCAGCAGCUUCCACAGGAGGAGGUCUGCCCCGGAGAGGCAGCACACCGCCACUUUCAGUGCUGAGAACGAGGAGGGUCUAAAAGCCUACUCCAGGCUGAGGAGAAAGACAUUUGGCAGUGAGCCGUGUUUUCUGAAGACAGCUGAGCUGAUUGAGCCAACAGUCAAUAACAGAGAUGGCCCUUUUACCUCCAGCCCAGUGAGUCCAGCAAAGCACAGCCAGUUCCCACAGAUACUCCCACUGGGGCGCAGGUCACCUGUCUACACUCUCCUGACUUCUAACCCUAACAGAUAG